ACAUUGACGGUCUUCACAUUCCCGGUCAUGAGAGUUAACUUGUUAAGACAUAGGUACCUACUUACUUACCAACUCCAAAAGAGUGUAUAUUAAUUUGUUUUAACUCUUAAAUAAUUAGUAAAAGACGCAAUUAGAGCCAUCCUUAGUUUUUAAUCGUGGAUUAUAUCUUUCACUUCUUUCAAUAAUGGACGUAUUAACAAGACCUGCUGAGGAGUUCGGUAACGAUGAAACCCUCGAACAUCUGUGGGCUGCUAGAGCUAUGGAACAUAGUGAUAUUUAUUUCAAUGUGCUCUGUUCUGUGGACACAAGAUGGCUUAGGUUGACUCCGCAUGAUGAUCUGAUAUAUACCCAUUUUAGACAAGAUUUUCCUGACCUUGAUGUCUCCUACAUAAAGGAAAACGAGAUCAAGAAUAAUGUUAAUAAAGCAAGGUGGCGUCUAUUUUGUGAAAAGUUUAAAACAAUUGUAGAAGACUACAGUUUCGGUACUUUAAUGCGUGCUGACACUAAAGGUGAUUAUUCGGAACAGAAUACCAUUUUAGUGCCUCGUGUACAGUUUUAUGCUAUAGAAAUUGCCAGAAAUAGAGAAGGUAUGAAUAAUGAAGUGAAAAAGCAUUACAAAUGUGCGUCCAAGGCCCACAUGGAAAUUCACAAUAAAAGUGAAGUCGCUGCAUAAAUCGGCUUCCUGUUCGAACUAUCUACUGUGAAUUAAAAUCAAUGUAGGCUUAAAUUCACUAAUCGGAAACAUAAUUUGUACCCAUAAAAUUAAAGGCAGCUUUAAGACAAUAAAACUGGUGCAUGUCGAUGUAAUAAUUUGCUAUAAUCCUCAUUUUUUUAUAUAAGUUGCGGGUCUAGUACAUCAUGUAUAACAUAAAUUUCAUUGUAUCACUUGUUCCUAUGUACAUCUGAAUGAUUAUUCAGUAUGACACAAAAAAAUAUUGUUAUUUAGUGAAAUAUAAAACCUGCCAUUUGUUAGUAGAUUAAGCCAAUGUAUAUGUUAAAAUAUCUUUAAUCAAAUGUGCUAUAAAUGAAUGAGGUGCUCAAUUUCUCAUACAUUUUGAUAUAAAUUUUCUUUUUACCAACUCAGUAUGAUGUUCAUUACUAAUAACUUGUAUUUAUUUGAAUAGAAUUUUCAUGGGAUGUUAUCAUAAUUCUGACAAAAUAAAAGGUCUUUUUCACAAAAUA